AUGAAUGAAGAAAAUUAUAACUUACUGGCUGGACUGUUCUGUGACGCCAUCCUCGAAGUUGAAGAUGUUCAGUUUCCAAUCCACAGGAUCACCCUGUUUCAAAGCAGUCUUUACUUCCAAGCUCUCUUUAAAGACCGUACAACCACAGGCCAGAUUUUCCACAUCCCCCUCGUGUCUCCUGACAUCCUGCGGGUCAUCAUUGAGUUUGCAUACACCGGCUCUGUUGCUUCGACAGAGGACAACGUGCAGGAGUUGAUGAUGACAGCUGAUAUGCUCAACAUAGUCGGCAUCAUACAAGAAUGCUCCCACUUUAUCGGUGAGCAGCUCUGCCCACAGAACUGCGUUGGCAUCUGGCAGUUCACAAACAUCUGCCACAGCUCCGAGCUGCGGUGCAAGGCCUUCCACUACAUCAUCCAGCACUUUGAGGAGGUCGUUCCUGCUGAAGAGUUCCUGCAGCUCUCUGUGAAGGAGCUGACCGUGUUCAUUGGCAAAGAUGAACUUAACGUGAGGAUAGAAAGUUCUGUGUUUGAAGCAAUCCUGCGCUGGAUCAGCCACAUACCCAGAGAACGAGAGCGAUACAUUGCUAAGCUUUUGUCUAAGGUGCGGCUGGGCCUGACAAGCAAGGACUACAUUAUGAACAAGGUGAUCCCCAAUGUGUUGGUGAAGAACCACCCUAAGUGCAGAAAAAUAGAAGACAACUCCCUCCUGAUUAUAUUGCACAAAAAUUCACGCAGAUCCUUGCGGUCGGGUCUCAGAAACAGUCUCGCCCGACCUCGUCUGCCUAACUCCGUCAUGUUGUCCAGUGGAGGCUGGAGCGAGGGCAAUCCCAUCUGCGAGAUCGAGGCGUACGAUAUCUCUGCCAACCUUUGGAUCAACAUCUCAGACAAGCUGCAGCAUGCUCGGGCCUACCACGGCAGCGUCUUCCUCAACGGUUAUGUCUACUUUCUCGGUGGCUUUGACCGAGUGGAGUAUUUCAACAACGUGAUCAGGUUGGACCUGAGGACACACGUCUGGCAGGAGGUGGCGCCGAUGUACUACCGCCGCUGCUACGUGAGCGUGACCGUGCUGAACGGGUUCAUCUAUGCCCUCGGCGGCUCUGAUGGAAUCGUUCGACUCAACACUGGGGAGCGCUACUGUCCCGAAACCAACCAGUGGACGCUUAUUGCACCCAUGCACUUGCUGAGGAGCGACGCCAGCUGCACGGUACUGCACGGCAAGAUAUACAUCUGUGGUGGUUUCACCGGGACCGAGUGCCUGCAGUCGUCUGAAUGUUACGAUCCAGAAACCGACCAUUGGACACUGACCAGCCCAAUGAGCACUAAUCGAAGUGGACUCAGUGCUGCUGCAUAUAAUAACCUAAUCUAUGUAGUUGGUGGCUGUGACGGUAACUCCCGUCUGGCAACUGCUGAGACCUACAACUCCCGGACCAACACCUGGCACUCGCUGAGCCCCAUGUUGACUCGCCGGAGUAACUUCUGCCUCGCUGUGAUCCAGGACAAGUUGUAUGUCGUUGGGGGCUAUGACGGCUCCUCCAUCACUCAAAUGGCAGAGGUCUAUAAUCCUCUCACUGACCUGUGGUCUAACAUCUCCAUGCCAGAAAUCUCCCGCAGCGGAGCAAGCUCCUGUGUUGUGACCGGAAUCCUCAACAUGGCUGACUACACGUUAGCUCGAGACUCACUGCCAUAUAUAAACUUACACGGAGUUAUCGAUAAUUCAGGGGACUCUGAGUAACACUUUCUGAGGUUUGUGGCAUAACUACAGUAUUUCCUUGUUUAAAACUAGUCUUUUAUAGUCAAAUAAAUACCAGUAAGCGAGAACUGGGUAAGAUGAGCCACUUUUUACAUUUGAAGUUUUUACUGUAAUACAUUGAGUUUGGUUCUGCCAGAGGUU